CGCGGGCAGCGGCGCUGGGGCUCCGAGCCCGCCGCCCGGGCAGCGGCUGCGGCAGCCUUGCAACUGCCCUUUAAAAGAGGGAGGGGAGGGAGAAAAAAAGAUGAUGAAGACGCCUGAAUGUCUCCUGCCAAAAGUAGAGAGCACAUCGCAGUUGCGGCGGCUCUGCUAAACUUGAUCAAGGGGUAUUUCAAGCGAUAGAGAGCUGCCGGGCUCGCAUUUACUGCGGUGGGAACAAGUUGCAGGAUGCAAUCCAGGGAUUAAAGGACCUAUUUUCCACUUCGUUGUUUGCAAAGGAAUCUACUGAAAUGACUUUGAGGAUCUUAAAGCUGGAACUAUGUGGAGGGAGAAUGCAACCCCCUCCGCCCGGCCCGCUCCGCCUCUAGCCGCGCUCCGCGGACGCCAUGGGGCCCGCAGCCCGCGGCCGGCACCACGCGCGCGGCGAGCGGCGCGGAGGCCGCCCCUGAGCCCGGGCACCGAGGGGCGCGACAUGCCCGAGGCCGCGGCAUGCCCGGCACCGGCACCAGCUCCGGCACCAGCACCAGCUCCGGCCCCGGCCCCGGCAGCCGCCGCGGCCCCGGCAGCCGCCGCUCCGUCUCCUGAGGCGCUGGGGUACAAAGCUGGCAAAGAUGAGGAAAAUUGGCUGUGCUCUCCUGGUACUCCAAGCUCUUCUGGCGCCUUUGGAUCUUGUUCAUGGAGCAGAGAAAAGUUAUCCCAUCCUUAACAUUGCAGUGAUUUUGGGAAGGACCAAGUAUAUCACAGAGAGAGAUAUCAGAGCUCUCUGGACCAGGGAAAUGUCAGCAGACCUGACUGUUGAUGUCAAUGUAGUGACCCUUCUGGUGAACCAGACUGACCCUAAAAGCAUCAUAACACAUGUUUGUGACUUGAUGUCAGGCACCAAGAUCCAUGGAGUGGUUUUUGGAGAUGAUACUGAUCAGGAGGCAGUAGCUCAGAUUUUGGAUUUUAUUUCAUCUCAGACUUUUAUUCCAAUUCUUGGAAUUCACGGUGGGGCCUCCAUGAUAAUGGCAGAUAAGGAUGUGAUGUCCACGUUCUUCCAGUUUGGGGCUUCCAUCCAGCAGGAAGCCAUCGUCAUGCUGAAGAUCAUGCAGGAUUAUGACUGGCACGUGUUUUCUCUGGUGACCACCACCUUCCCUGGCUAUCGAGACUUCAUCAAUUUCAUUAAGACCACAGUGGAAAAUAGUUUUGUGGGCUGGGACAUGCAGAACAUCAUCGUACUCGAUACUGCCUUUGGAGAUGCCAAGACCCAAAUUCAGCUGAAGAAAAUUCAUUCAUCCGUCAUCCUGCUGUACUGUUCCAAGGAUGAGGCUGUCUACAUACUGGAUGAGGCUCGUUCUCUGGGCCUUACUGGCUAUGAUUUCUUUUGGAUAGUUCCCAGCCUGGUUAGUGGUAACACAGAAAUUAUCCCCAAGGAAUUUCCUUCAGGACUCAUUUCAGCGUCUUACGAUGAAUGGGACUACAGUUUAGAAGCUCGGGUGCGGGAUGGCCUUGGGAUCAUUGCCACGGCUGCAUCAGCCAUGUUGGAAAAAUACUCCUUCAUUCCUGAAGCAAAGACUAGCUGCUACGGACAACUAGAGAAAAAUGACCGGCCGUCUCACACAUUGCACAAGUUUAUGAUGAAUGUGACUUGGGAAGGUAAAGAUUUGUCCUUCACAGCAGAUGGCUAUCAGGCACAUCCCCGGCUGGUGGUAAUAGUACUGAACAACGAUCGUGAGUGGGAAAAGGUGGGAAAAUGGGAGAACAACUCACUGAGUCUGAAGUACUCUGUCUGGCCAAGGUAUAGCUCUUUUGCAGACAGCGACCCAGACGAUAACCAUCUGAGCAUUGUCACUCUGGAGGAGGCUCCCUUCGUCGUUGUUGAGGAUGUGGAUCCUUUGAUGGAAACUUGCCAAAAAAACACUGUGCCAUGUCGUAAAUUUGUCAAAAUUAACAACUCAACCAAUGAAGGAACUAACGUAAAGAAGUGCUGCAAAGGAUUCUGCAUCGAUAUCUUGAAGAAGUUGUCUAAAACUGUCAAGUUCACAUACGACCUGUAUUUGGUGACUAAUGGGAAACAUGGCAAAAAGGUCAAUAAUGUGUGGAACGGAAUGAUUGGUGAAGUGGUGUAUCAUCGUGCAGUCAUGGCUGUGGGGUCUCUCACUAUUAAUGAAGAGCGCUCUGAAGUGGUCGACUUUUCAGUGCCGUUCGUUGAGACGGGCAUUAGUGUCAUGGUGUCACGGAGCAAUGGCACAGUUUCACCAUCUGCUUUUCUAGAGCCCUUUAGUGCUUCUGUGUGGGUGAUGAUGUUUGUGAUGCUUCUCAUUGUAUCCGCCAUGGCUGUCUUUAUAUUUGAGUACUUUAGUCCUGUAGGAUAUAACAGGAACUUAGCACAAGGGAGAGAUCCCCAUGGACCAUCCUUUACCAUUGGGAAGGCAGUGUGGUUACUCUGGGGCUUGGUGUUCAACAAUUCCGUGCCUGUGCAAAACCCCAAAGGGACAACUAGUAAAAUCAUGGUGUCAGUCUGGGCCUUCUUUGCUGUCAUUUUCCUGGCUAGUUAUACUGCCAACCUGGCUGCGUUUAUGAUUCAAGAGGAAUUUGUUGACCAAGUGACUGGACUGAGUGAUAAAAAGUUUCAAAGGCCACAUGAUUAUUCGCCUCCUUUUCGAUUUGGAACUGUUCCAAAUGGAAGCACGGAGAGGAACAUCAGGAACAACUACCCAGAUAUGCACCUUUACAUGACGAAGUAUAAUCAGAAAGGAGUUGAAGAUGCCUUGGUCAGCCUGAAAACUGGGAAGCUGGAUGCUUUCAUCUAUGAUGCGGCGGUGCUGAAUUACAAAGCUGGAAGAGAUGAAGGCUGCAAACUUGUCACAAUAGGAAGCGGAUACAUCUUUGCCACUACAGGCUAUGGAAUAGCACUUCAGAAGGGAUCACCUUGGAAGAGACAGAUUGAUCUAGCCCUCCUUCAAUUCGUUGGAGAUGGGGAAAUGGAAGAGUUGGAAACACUGUGGCUAACCGGUAUUUGCCACAAUGAGAAGAAUGAAGUCAUGAGCAGCCAGCUGGACAUAGACAACAUGGCAGGAGUGUUUUACAUGCUUGCAGCAGCCAUGGCCCUCAGUUUAAUAACCUUCGUCUGGGAGCACUUAUUUUACUGGAAACUUAGAUUCUGCUUCACUGGAGUCUGCUCAGAUAGGCCGGGAUUGCUGUUCUCGAUCAGCAGGGGUAUUUAUAGCUGCAUUCAUGGAGUACACAUUGAAGAAAAAAAGAAGUCUCCUGACUUUACUUUGACCAAUUCCCAAACCAACAUGCUAAAACUACUACGAACAGCAAAAAAUAUGACCAAUAUUAAUCCUUCAAGAAUCAACUCCCCCAAAAGAACAGCUGAUUUUAUUCAGAGGGGUUCCUUGAUUAUGGACAUGGUCAUGGAUAAAGGAAACUUGAUAUUUGCAGAUAACAGAUCCUUUCAAACAAAGGACAACUUCUUUGGUGACAACAUGAGUGAACUGCAAACGCUUCCGGGCAAUCGACACAAGGACAAUCUUAACAACUAUGUUUUCCAAGGUCAGCAUCCUCUCACACUGAAUGAGUCAAAUCCAAACACAGUAGAAGUUGCAGUAACAGCAGAAGCAAAAGGGAACUCCAGACCCAGGCAGCUUUGGAGGAAAUCUGUUGAAUCUUUACGUCAAGAAUCUGUACGUCAGAGCCAAGGUUCCCAGAGAGAAAAUGGGUCAGAGGAAAACAGGCAGCUUUCGAUGAAAAGCCAAAGAUACCUUCCUGAAGAGAUUGUCCAUUCAGAUGUGUCAGAGACAUCAAGCCGAGCCACUUGCCAUAUGGAACCCGAAAACAACAACAAGCACCACAAAACCAAGGACAACUUUAAAAAAAGGACAGUGGCAUCAAAAUACCCAAAAGACUGUAGUGAAGUGGAACUGACAUAUCUGAAAACCAAGCAAAGCUCUCCACGAGAUAAAAUCUACACAAUUGAUGCUGACAAGGAGCCAGGAUUCUGCUUGGAUGCCCCCCCAUACAUCGAAAACAUCGUCCUUCCCGAAGCUAUCGAGUUUCCUGAUGUUUACCAAGAUCACAAUGACAACUACAGGAAAGCAGAACAUGUUAACAGGACUCCCUUGCAUAACAAAGACAGUCUUCCAAAUAAUGACCAAUAUAAACUUUAUUCAAAGCACUACACCUUAAAAGAUAAAAAUGCUUCCCUAGUCGAUAUGAAUGAUAGAUACCGGCAGAAUUCCACCCAUUGUAGGAGCUGCCUUUCCAACUUGCCCACUUACGCGGGACACUAUACAAGCAGAUCUCCCUAUAAAUGUGAUGCAUGCUUGCGGACGGGGAACCUCUAUGAUAUUGAUGAAGAUCAAAUGCUGCAGGACACAACGAACUUAUCACUCCCUGAAGAAAUAUAUGAACAUGGUUGGGCGCAGAAUAAUGCUCUGCAAUAUCAUAAAAAAAAUCAGCUGAGGAUUAGCAGGCAACAUUCUUUCGACAAUAUCCUCGAUAAGUCCAGGGAAAUUGAUAUGGGAAGACCCGCUCGUAGUAUAAGUUUGAAAGAAAAAGAGAAGUUUCUAGAAAGUAGCCCAUAUGCAAACAUGUUUAGCGUUCCCUCAAGCAAACUGUUGAGCAACAAGGCCCCAUUUUUAACUCGUGCUCUAGAGGACAGUAAGCGGAGCAAGUCCCUGUAUCCUGAUCACACCGCAGAUAAUCCCUUCCUGCGCUCGUAUCGUGAUGACCAGCACUUAUCUCUUAGGCGAAGUCCAGUUGAUCUUUAUAAACACUCAUUACCAUCAAGAGGAAGAAACGAUAAUUAUUUAAGGUCCUCUAUAAAAUCUACAGCAUCAUACUGUUCCAGAGAUGGUCGGAUACAUAAUGACAUGUACAUUUCAGAGCAUGUUUUGCCUUAUGUUGCAAAUAAGAAUAGCGUGUACUCAACUCCAAGGGUUUUAAAUUCCUGUAGCAAUAGACGUGUGUAUAAGAAAAUGCCUAGCCUUGAAUCAGAUGUUUAAAUUUUCCAUGAAUACUUUAUCUAUAGGGAAAAAUAGUUGCCACCAUCUUAGAGGGAGAAUUUAUCCUUUAACAGUAUCCUGCUAUGGUAAAUGAUAUGUAAACCUCUCCCUUUCCCAGUGUACUUUUGUACAUGAAUAGGUAAACUAGUAUGCUCUUAACCAUCCUUCUAAAAUAUGUCUUGUUAAAAAGGAAAAAAAAUAGCCAUUUAUGUAUGCUUUAUAUAUAAAUGGCGAGCUAUACUGAAAUAGCCCAAAUAUAUGUUGGCAACUAUGUUGUUUUGUAUCUAAUUAUUUUACUAUUUUGGUUAUUCGAAUUUAUGUUGCUAAGUAUCAUUCAAUGUAUUUUUGUCCUUAGAAGUGUCUAGUGGUUUUCUAAUACUGGAUAAGCAAUAUGGUAUGCAUGUAGUAUGACACAGACAAAAAGAAUUAGGAAUGCAUUUGCACAGAUACAAAAGUAAGACUCUAAAAGAGAACAGAGAUCUAGAUUUUCAAAAAUAUAUUUUAACUUCAUAACCAUUUGCAAACAGUCAGAACAACUACAAAACCCCCAAGCCCCAGGGCCCUAAUAAAUAAAAAACAGUGUGUUAGCACUAAACCAGAAUGUUUAUUCUAGACUGACAGAAAAUAAAUGGGAAGACUAUAGGCCCCAAAAUGUGAGCUUUUGUGUACCAAAAGGAAGCCCCCUGGGUUUUGGUUAAUGGUGAUGUACAAAUGCUUUCGUUAUCUUUCACAUGCACUUACCAUUACAAACUAAGUUCACUGAAAAGUCUGCAGUCAUCUUGUCAAAAAUUUCACAGCUACCUAAUCCAGAGUAUAUAUUUUUAGCUAUCAAUAUAUGGCACUUAAAUCUAUGGAGCUGUGGAUUCAUUAGUAACCUUGAGGCCUAAUAUAUAUGUAAGCUUGCAUUUGCCCCUUACUGGUGAUUACUCAGGGCUGUAUAGUAUUUCUUUUACUCCUUUGCUUCCAAAACCAAAUCCCAACGUCCUGUAGUCCUUUGUUCAUAGUGCAUUAGUGGUGACAUCUGAUUAAUUGUAUGUUUAAUAAUAUUGAAGUUGUUAAUACAGUAUCAAACAGCAACAGCCAUAUGUUCAAUGUAAUCAGUAAGGAAUGCAAUACCAUUUAUUUGCAUACACAGUGAAGGAUUAACACCUUUUGAGGGACUUCUUCCUUCUCAAAUAUCAUGCAUAUUUGCUUUUUUAAACUCUCUAAUUAAAUCUGUCAUAUGAAUUGAAUAUAUGCACACACGGUGAGGUAUAGAGAAACUAAGGAACAGUAUCUUUAUCAUCAUUCAUAAAGCACUAGUGCACAAAGAUGUUACAUACAGGGAUGCAUUCUUAUACAAGCUUUAUUUUUAAUAAAGACCAAUCAGAUGAUUUCACAAAUAAAAUCUAUGCUACAACCUCCCCCCUUAGUCCCCUCCCCACUCCCCCCCAAACACCCAAUCCCCUCAAGAUUUUAACUGUAAGCUAGGGCAGAGGGGAAAAGAGAAAGUCUUUCAUAAAUAGAGUCUACAAUUGUAAUUUAAUUUAAACUAAAGUAGUAAAUAUAACUACUAAUGUAUUUAAAUAUUGAAAGCAUUCAACAGGUCAUGGUCUCCCAUUCUCCCGCUAUUCUGAGAAUUGCUCUAGUAUUUUUUGUGAAGGGGAAGUUUAGAUUUUUCAAGCCUAAUUUCCUUAUUUCACUGAAGAGUUGAGGGUUUUAACAGGAAAACCAUUACCGCUGUGGUUUGAAAAAUGUGAAUAUUACCCUAACUUUUUUAAAAGUAAAACUCUCUUCAAUAAGAUCUUAUUUAUGUCAGCUGUAAUCAUAGCAUCUGCAUGACAGAGGUACAAUCUGCAAAUUUUUUAUAGUUUGGGAUAACACACUUCAGAGGAGAGUUGUGAAUGGAAGAUAAUAUAGGUGAUGGAUAGGGAUAGACAAAAUAUAGCUUCUCAAAUUUUUGUUUACAAUUCUUUGAUUAACAGAUUUGAGCUGACUUUAAGUACUGAACUGUCCAUAAUGAGCUCUUGCUAUUUACAGAUGUAUUUGUGCAUUCACCGUACCGGUGAAGGAUGAUGUUUUCUAAGAAAUGAAAUGUAAAGGAAUUUGAGCCUUCCAGUCCCUUUUCAGCUUCCAAAAAUCUCAUUAUACUUUAUUAUAAUGAGGUAUGUUCAGAAAGCUUAUCUGUGGGCGUCCGCAGGCUGUCCAGAGCAAGUAUCUUUUGAUUAUUCUUUAUUCAGUCGUUGGCCUCUCUUUGUGGCCCUGAUUCACACAGUAUGCUUUCUGCACCCUCGCCGGAGCUCAUCCUUAUGGACAGCAGGUACUGCCUGCCCUUGCAGAGAUCCCCAUCUCUCAGCAAUAGUUGCAUGAGCUAAGCAGGACUAGGAUGUUUGUGCUCGUCUGCUUUUAGCCUUUGCCAGCUUUUCUGAUCUGUUAGACUGCCUCAGUUGCUUGCUGACUUUGUUUUCUCUUCAAGAAGGCAGCAAGUUCAGUUCCUUCUUUUCAUAGGUGCUGUUCAUGAUGGGCCUUCUGGUUAGCAGUAUAGCAGUGAAAGCACACUUAGAGGACUUGCGGCAUGUCAGACGUGUGCAGAUCACUGAGCCUUAAUUUCUCGGCACAGUUCAGACAUUUGCCUGCCUGCUCCAGGGCUGGGGAGUUGAGGGUGUCUGGUGAACGGGCUGUUCUACUCUUUGAGCGUCCUCGGUGGUGUCCCUGCACCAUCUGGACUGCUGCUCCUGUGACUGCUCAGGAGGGUCUGUAAAAUUCUGCCUAAAUUCGUUUCUCUCCUGAAGCCUCCCAGGACCUUCACUCCCAGCCCCAAGAGUCAGGGCGAUAAAUGGCUGGAUGAAGGCUACUUUUCAUGAGCAAAACCCUUUCCCAAAGAUAGGUGUAUAUUACUUGUCUUAUGUUUACAGGAAGGCAAAUGCACUAAAGGCAUAAAUACUGUUGUAAUGAGCUCAGUAAAUAUAUUUGAGGCAAAUUUCAUUUCCAAUGAAAACCACAAAAUAUUAAGUAAAGUCUAAGUAUUUUGAACAAGCUGGUGUGUUUCAGCAGAUGUGGUAUCUGCUGAUAUCAUGCCAUGAGCUGCCAUGCAAGUCGCUGAAAAUUUUACUAAGUAAAUCAUAAAACUCAACUGUGGCUCUUGUCUUUCACGUGGUUUUAAAGCUCUCAAAAUAUUGUCUGGUCACUCCAAGUCUUUUGUAUCAUCAAUGCUAUCAGCAGCUUGGCACGCAUACUUCACAAGUACUGUAUACAAAAUGUGGGAAACAAAAAUUCCCAUUUACAACAUUUUUAAGUAAACUGCUGAGAGCUAAAUAUUCUAAAACCAGGUGGAUUUAUCCUUCUGUAAACUAGACAAGCAAAUUAGCUUAUAAAGAAAUAUAUUGCAGUGUUUGCUCUUUAAGAUUUGAGCAGAUUUCUGGUGACUAUAGAGAUUCAUCAUUAGAUGCAAAUGUGCAAUACAAAAAAAAAAAAAAAAAAAAAAAGCCCAAACCAAAACAAAUUAAAGAGACAGAGGGAAGACUCAGUAAUAUUGCACAGCGAUUGUUCGCAUGGGAAUGAAAAAUGCUGCCUUAAAGGAAAAAAGCACAGAGACUGAAGGUAGAAGCAAUAAGAAUCUGCAUGCAUUUGUGGUUUUGAUCUUGGCAUACGAUAUGACUGAAUAGAGGGGGAAGAAAAGGCUAAAAUGCAGGGUGGUAGAUGAUGUGGUUGCUGAUACAUGUAAAGAAGAAGAAGCUGAGAAGUUGAAGAAAAAUCUUCAACAGUAGAGCCGCAAGCCACAGCUUGUGAUGCUCAGCCGUAGAGGGAGUGGCGUUCUGAGUAUUGCCUGAGCACUGUUGAUGUAUUUGCACUGCUUUUCAAUGAAACCGAGAUCAAGACUUUCUGUAUUUCCCUCUCUCUCACUCUAGCUGCUGCUAUUCUUGAAGAGGAGAAAAGAAUCUUCCUGCCUAAGUGGCCAUCCUUUCUGUACCUUUCUGGAUGGUGCUGGGGACUUGUUACAUUUUCCUGAUUACAGCUCUAGCAGUUUGUUGGUCAUUCCUAUCACCAGGAUUUCCCGUGACUCCAGCUGGAACUGGAUCAGGCUGUAAAUGAUAUGGGCCAGUGUUGCUAGCAUGUCCCGCAGUGUUGCACUGCUCCCGGAUGACACCUUUUGUGGAGGCAGGAUAUUGAAUGGCUGAGGAAUGGAAUAGGUACGCGGAGGUAAAAACAGCUACGUAGACAUACCUGCCUCUUGCUUUUUUCCUCUUUUAAAGACAUUGCAGAAUUUCUUCAUGUUUUUUGUCUUUCCCUUUUGCCACAGCAAAUUUUUCUUUUUCCUUUCAAAUGGAUUUUGUGUUCUGCUUGUGUUUCUUAGAGCAGUGUAGCCACCCAUUAACUUAAACGCAUGGAAAUAAGAUAGUUUAAUAUAUAAGAUAAAAUUAAGGAAAAUAAGAUUUUUUUGUAUUUCUGGAAAAUUUCAUUUAAUGUUUUGACAGCUUUUGCUCAGAAUUCAUCAUUCUCCUAUUUAAGAAGCUAUGUAAGGAAAAAGAGUGCUUUGGACAUACUGAAACCAAACCACCGCCAGCUCACCAUGUUUCGGUAUCAUCUCAUAAGUACAUGUCUCUUUCUCUGUGAUCUUUCAGGAAGACCUUUGAGGUGAAAUAAGGCUCAGAAGAAAGCUAAAGGAAAUCAGGAGUGCUUUUUUUCCUGGUGAAGUGAAUCUUUUUAAAUAGUUUUAAAGGUAGUAAAAGCUAGAGCUGUGUAGCUUUGGGUUUUGAUGCUGGAAGACGAGGCUCUUUCUGUUGCCAAUGGAGAGACAGACAGACAGACAGAGACAUGGACACCCCUCCUGAUGGCAGUUCAGAGCUCCGAAGGCUGGGAAGUAGUUAAAUUUCUAAUGUGUCCUGAAAACACUUACCUCUCUCUGUUGAUGUUUUAGAACGUGCAGGCUCCUCCUAACUUGGACACCCCAGGUUAGCUUAGUGAAGGAACAGCCUGCUUGCCCCCCGCCCCAGGCUGUGCCAGCUGAGCCCGCAGGUGGGUGCCGGCGUGACCGGGCGGUGCCCGGCGGCCCUGCGCGGAGGGCAGGAGCUGCGGCGGUGGCACCUGCCCGCUGGGGCUGCGGCAGCCCCACCCGCCUGGGCCGUCUCCGUGUUUCCCGUUGUUUCCCGUUGUUUUCCUCGUACCGUGUGGCUGUUCAGCGUGAAAUGCCGGUGUCAGUCUGUUGCGUGCAGAGCAAGUUCGUGUGAUCGUACAAUGACAGGGCAGCACACGCCUCUUGCAGUGCGGUGACGGGGAAGAUUUUGGUGUUAUUCCUGCUCUCGCUGGGUUCAUCAGCGUAGAGCAGGGACUGUGAUGUGAAGCCAAGGGGCUAAAGGUCAGCUAAGAUUUAGGAAGCACUGAAGAGGGGAAUCUUUUUGUUGUUUUACAUUUACAGUACUUGAUAGGUAAAACUUGCAGAAAACAGAACUUUUUAUGGAAAAGUCCUCUAUUAGUUAAUAUAAAACAGCAACCUGUGGCUUGAGUAGACUGUGUUAAGUGUUGAUCAUCAUGUGCUCUUCGGGAUGAGGAGUGUCAUGCAUUCCCUGCUAAACCUUCCCUUUUCCAGCUGUAGUCUUGUCUUAGUUCAAAAGUCUUUUUAAAGUCGAUGUCUUUCCUGUAUAGGGCAAUCUGGUUUGCAAUGUAAAAACAAUUUCCUGGUGAUAUACUUAAUUUGGUGUUGGCUUACUGAUAUUAAUUUUCUAAUUUAAACUUCCUUUCUAUUGAGAGCCGAGCCUCAAAGCGUAACAGUGCUGAAGGAACUUCUGAAAGCGCAUAAAAGCCCUCUAAAGUACCAAUUUUGUAAUGUGAGCCAUGGUCAAGUUAGCCUAUACUGUCUUCUUUAAAUAUAUUAGCAAAAUAUUAGUAUUUCUUGUCACUAGGAGGGAGCACAAGGUCAUCGCAGCUGUGUGUUCAUGAACGGAGAGAAACGCACGUCUGGCUGACGGCGUGGUGGGCCGCGGGCAAGGCUCAGCCCACAGCCGGCGACGCUGCGGCCAGGGCCGGCGGGAGCAGCCUCAAGGCCGUUGUGUGUCUUGCAUCGCUUCAGUCGUGCAGGCCUUGCAGUCUGGUGUGGGCGUUUUGUACGUCGUGUAAAGUUCCUGUUGGUGCGUGGCUUCCAUCGUGGAGGUCAUCCCGUGUCCACCCGUCCUCCUCCAUCGCAGUGCAGCGGCGGCGAGGCCUGUGGGCUGAGGCCGCGGCGGUGCCUCGUCGCUGGCGGUGGUGGUCCCCCGGCGAACGGGAGCAGAGAUGCUGCUCGGCCGCGGGGGGUACUGCACUGCUGGUAAAUAAAAUCCUCAGAUAUUUCACCUCAGACCAGCUCUUCCCGUUUUCGCCCUGCCCCUGCUUCUCUGGGCCGGCGUGCAGAGCACGGUCUCUACGAGUGCGCGCUCCUGCCGUGCCCGGCCGCUUCCACGGCCCCGCUUACAGCCAGCGUCGCCCCGAAUGCCGGGCAGGGGCGCCUGGUUGGUCCUGAGGUUCAGGAGCUUCUUUUGUUACGUGCUCUAGGAUGUAUCUGCAGUGGUUUAGGGUGUUUUUAAAACGAAUGCCAGUCUAGGCAGCUAUAAGCAUCCACUGCCGAUCUUGUGCUGAUCUUGUCAUAUCUAUAAUUUAAGAGCCAGAAAUAAUAUAAGUAAUAUUGAGUUAGUUCACUGUUUACCAGAUUUUUGUUGUUUUGCAUCUGAACGACACUUCUUACUCCUUUUGCUUAGUUCUUUACCUGUACUGAAAACAAGGCUAAAUUAAUAGAGAAUAUAACCAUGCUGUAAUGUUGUCAUGCAAUACCUUUAUUAGUAGAUAACCACACUAAAUAUAGUAUUACAUACUUAAAAAGAGAGAUGGUUUUGACUCUCCAACUCUUAAAAAAGUAGUGGUGAUAAGCAGUUAUACUUCUAGAUGUUUUGUCCUUUCCCUUUUGCAUUAGUAUUUGUUUUCACUAAUAUAUUUCAAAAAUUAUAUUUCUAUGUGCACGUUAUAAAACUGUGAAAAUAAAUACCAAUAAAUAUUGUGAUACUAAUACAGUGCACAGUAAAGUUCCAAGCGAGAUUAUACUUUCCUUGGGAAUUGCUGAAGGUUUCCUCACUUCUCAUAAAUGGUACUAAGCUUUAAUGUGGGCAAAUGAUAUUAUUUACAGUGACAUGAAAUUUUAAUGGGCAAUGUCUUGCUUUGCACUUCUGGGACUAUGAGAAGAAAUGAUAUGUUUUUCUCAGCAAAUGCAUUAUGAAAAUACUUUUUUAAUUUAAGUAUUGUACAUUGCAGUACAUAAGAAAAGCCUUUUUAAAGAGAUUUGUGUUACGUCAUCACUUACAGGAUUCUUUAGUCUGAUAAUUUUUACUGAACCCGUUUUAAAAAUGGUGUUUAAUGGCAAAAACAGUUUGGAAAUAUACUUUGGUUUCUGUUUCUAUGAAAAAUUGCAAAACUUGUACAUGGAAUUGUAUUUAUGCUGGUGACAGCCCUCAUUAGGGUCCCGUGCCUUCCUGUGUUACCUGGGAAGGAGACUUUCCUUGCUCACUCUUGGGACAAGAUUAGAGGAGUUUUGAGAAAAUUUCUGGAGGAUGUAUUGUGCAGCAUUUGAAAUGUAAAUGACCUUCAAAAGUAAAAACAAAAAAAAAGAAACAAAAUUGGAGGUUCCCAGGUAUACAUAUUGGCGGAUGGUCUGUGACAGUCACUGAGGCAUGUGGUUUCCAGAGUGAAUGGUAAUUAUUAACUGAGGUGAUUUGAAUUCUACCUGAGUUUGUAAAUCGCUGAAAAAACGGGAUUUUUUUUUUAAGCCAAAGUCUUUAUAUUGUCAUACAAGGUUUCACAGGAAAAUGGGCCAAAGAAUAUGAUUAAAUAUGCAAAAGAUUAAUCCUAUGGAAAAGGAUAUCCUGUCAUCUUGAUAUGCACAAGCAUAUUAAUGGUAAUAGGAGCAAUGUGUGUAAUUUUCCUGUCUAUUGCUAUGUAGGUUGCACUAUUUUGAAUGAUACAAGCCUGAUAUUUUAAUUACCAAAUACCAUAAGAAGCUGUUUAUUAACAGUUUAAACUUGUUAACCUAAAUAUAUAUACAGUAUACACACGCAUGCGUGCAUACUUUCCAACCUAGUCACGUGUGAGUAAUCUCCCAAGGCCACAGGACGCGUUUCAGCGGCGCUUUGUUUUAAGUGGUUCUGUCCUCUCCAUUCCAGAUUUCCUAAGUCCCUAAUACUCCAGCAGUGUUUAUUUUAGUGCUUGAGGAUCAGGAGUCUGCUGAGCUAGGACAUGUCAAAACACGUAAGAGGAGAAUUCCUGUCUGAAAGAGCUGGAAAUGAUAUGUAGUGUAAGUAAUAAAGCCAUAGGAAAGGGAUGUCUUCUCAUACUGUUUAAAACAUUCAUAGCCAGGGAGAGUCUAUUGGCCUAAAUAUUCCGACUUUAAAAGUCUGUGUCAGCUUACAUGACCCCAGACCUGAUCAUUAAACACUGAUACUUAAGGUAGCGAAGGGAGGACAUUUAAAAACCAAAAAUUCUCCAGAAAAAUUCUGUAAGUUCCAAUUUUGUCUAUGGUUCAUUGCUUGCAGGUCUUGGAGAAGAACUUGCUUCCAAGCUUUUUGCUUCUUGCUUCCAAGAAAAUUCUUGCUUCCAGGUUAGCUUGGUUUUACGUGGCGCAGCCUUAGGCGAGAGGCCUGUUGACUUCCUCGGGGAGCGAGGGCGGGACGGGAGAGCAGGUCCUUAGAGCAGUUUAUGCUCAGAACUAAAAAUCCCCAAACCAAGCUGUGCAUUGCGAAGGUACAGGAGUUGCAUCGUGCAAAAUCGUGUGCAGCUAGAAAGGAAACUUGUGCAAUUUUUAAUAAGAAUUGUUUACAAUUUACAUGUUAUAUCAGCUUUUACUCUCUUUUGUGGACACCCUUAGGUGAAAUCAGCUGUAAGAUUUUGAAAUAGUCGUUUUCAUUUCAGAACAUGGUUUUGCACUCAUGGGAAGAACAGCUUGAUCUCUCGGUCUUCACACCUCAUGCCCACGGGCACAUGCACAUGGUAUCUUGUGUCUUCCCUGUUUGAAUCAGAUGGUACAAGAAGAAUUCACUUGUGUGUUAGGCAGACUCCUGCCUGAUUUGUAGCUAAGUAUCCUCUUUUUAUGCAAAUUUGUGUGCAUACAUUUCAAGUUCUUCCAGAAGCACUUGACCUGUGAGUUAAUAAUGUUAAUUUUAAUUCAUCAAAUUCAAAUUUACACUAAACCUGAAGGGCAUUUCAUUCUUCCUUUCAUCCUGUUUAAAGAUUUUUGCUGACUUAGAUGCACUAGUAUUUCUCUAUGCUAAAAAAAAAAAUCUCAAAUUGCAGUUUUAAAAAAUAUUUUUACCUGUUUACUUGAAUAAUGUAAAUUUAAUGUGUUGUCCUGAUUACUCUUUAAAUACAUACAUACAUAUAUAUAUUUAAAAACUUUAUAUAUAUGUUGGGUUUUUAUAUAUAUAUAUAUAAAGUUUUCUAUGGGAAUGAGGGGGAAGAGAGGAAUUCAGUAUUGUGACAAAAAUUCUAUGAAACACUUAUUAACAUUUUCAAGUAACAUAUUGCCAUUUUGAGUCUGCUUUCAAGUUAUUUAUGGUUGUAUCCUGAAAAAUGAGACAUAACCGAGAAUUAGUAUUGAGUCUUCUGUUGUCAUUCUAAGACUUCAGUUUAUUUUCAUUUAUAUCUUGAGAAAAUAAGAAUUCACAAUAUUAGCUGAGCAUUUUGCUCAAAAAGAAAUUCAGCUGUUAGUACACUUGGAAUGGUAUUCUUAUUCCGAUGGGGAAAAACCACCAGGUGUACUAAUUUGUACUCAUCACACGAAACACUAAGCUACGUUGCAGUAGAAAAUAUUUGCACAGUAAAAACAGUUUUACCAGAAAUUUUGAAACCAUUUAAUUCCACACACAGUAAAUUACAAAGCCGAUCACUUCUGUUAUUUACUAGUGCAAGUUACUGUAACGUUCUCAAGAGAGUAAUAUUUUGAACCAAAGAGUAAGUCAUAAAUUUCCAACUGCUAGCAAGGAGUAGUAGAGGUUUGAAGACCCCUUAACACCUGGGGAAAUAAAUCAGGAUAUUAGAGUAGAAAUAAAAGUAUAUUGAUGAAGCAGAAUAAAGCAUAAAUAAUUCAUUUAUAAGAGAUACCAAAAUUUCAUAAUAAAAUUAAUGGUCUAGUGGAUUUUUCAAAAGAAGGGUUUGGGGAAAAAGAGAAUAAUCAAAAACUAGUUUUAACAUUCCAGUUAUUGCCUCUUUUAUCAGAUAGGUUUAGCAAACAAAUGAAUUUUAACACGCAAGCGUGUGCACACAUACACUUAUGCAUUUUAACUGCCGUGCUGCAAAGAUGCAUAUACACCUGGCUGCCCCAACAUACAUCUGUCCAGGCCUCUAAAAUCCUGGUGAUAGUUGGAUCUACCCCAUAGCACAUGUUGCAACUUAGAGGAGUUGGGAGUCAUAUACCUUUUAUUUCCUGUGUUCUGCAUACCAUCUCACAGCAGUUCACCCCUAUAUUUUAACCCAGUGCAUGACUGAGUGCUAAUACUGUAUAAAUAUUUUGAGACAUAUCUGAAUAAAAUGUUUGCUUCUAACUUUUUAUGAUAGAGAAAAUAUAAUUAUUAUGGUUGUCUUACAAAUUGUAUUGUGUUCAUUUUUGUUAAAUAUGUAGAAAAACAUUAAGGGAAUGGGAGACUUGAAUGUCUGUGAGUAACGAAGUGUAUAUAACUAUUUGGAGAAAACACACGUGCCAAGUAUAAUGAUGUAAAAAUGUAAAUAUAUGAAAAAUUCAUUUUUCUAAUAAAGAUAAUUUCUGCCAAUUGAUAUGAAAAUGAA